AUGGGCCGCUUCAAGAAGGUCACGUCAGGCGCAGCAGGUGCAGCUGCCCCGCCUGCCGAUGCAGCUCCUACGGUGACAGACCUGUCAUUGCUCACCACCAUGUCGCCGCUUCCUUUGGGUGGUGUGACGACCAUCGGACGUGUGACCUUUCUGUUUGGCAAUACGGAGGGCCGAUGGCCAGCAGUCAAGCUGGUACUGUCCGGGAUGAAGACUGGAGACCGUGAUGCUCCACAAGUUUUGGUGAAGAUGAAUAUGAAGCCAACGCCCUGUCCUUCCAUCGAUGCUCUUGUUAUGGUGUCCAAUGCGGAAAUCAGGGACGCUUGGAGGUCUUCCCAAGGAAUCAUUCCCGAGAGCCUGGUGGUGCCACAGUUAGCAUCUCGGGAGCUUUCAGUGACGUUUCCUGCACCGAAGCGUCGUCGUGAUGCGCUUCAGUCGUCCAUCCAGAUUUUGGCAGAGCAUCCUCACGCAGACAGUUUCCCAAUGGCAUCCUUUGACGUUUUGGAGCUUGGCCAUGUGCCGGUGGGGCAGAGUGACAUUUACGUUGCCUGCUGCUUCAAGGUAGCUGAAGUUGGGCCGGUUUCUGGGGAGGGCGAGAGGUUCCGCAGACAGGUCCGUGUGGUAGGCACAGAGGAAGGAUCGACAGAGAGUUGGACGGUGGUUCUCUUUGACUCCCAUGCCGAAAGCGAUCUAUUGCAACGGGACCGUCUCCUGGUGCUCGCUGGGGCGCUGGUGUCUUCGAGCCCACGCACAUUGCUGGGGUAUGCCAAUCUGUCUUGCCUGAUGGAGUAUCGAGUCGAUGACGAAGAAUGA